AUGAAGUCAGCAAACACCCAUUCAGCAGGUUUCGUUAGAGAGGAAACCAAAGAUAGUGCAGUUCAUUCAUAUCAUAGUGAGGAAAAGGAAGCUCUCGUUGAACAUUUAAACUUUGUUUUGAGACAAGACCAAUUCUGUAGCAAAAGACUUCCAAUCGAUCCAAAGUCUGAUAGAAUAUUUACUGAUUUAAAAGAUGGUACUAUUCUUUGUAAAUUUAUAAACGCAAUUAGACCUGGAUCAGUAAAAGAAUCUCUAGUUAAAUUAACAAAUGAUAAACAAAUCAAUGUAUUCGAGAGGAAUGUUAAUCUUGACAUUUGUUUAAAGGCUGCCAAAGUAAUGGGUUGUUCAACUGUUAAUAUUGGUCCUGUCGAUUUUCAAGAGGAAAGAAGACAUUUAGUUUUAUCUAUAUUAUGGCAAUUGGUAAAGAUUGAUCUAUUAAACAAAGUAUCUAAAUUGGCAAUUAGAGUUAAAGGUGAGAUAUUGGAUCUAUCAGAGACUGAAAAGGUACAGGAUAUGUUUGCUGAUGAGAUUUUGGUGCGUUGGGUUAAUCAUCAUUUGGCAGAGGCAAAUCAUAGUCAAAGACGACGUAUCACAAACUUUUCAUCUGAUAUCAAGGAUUGUGAAGCUUAUAUUAUCCUUUUCAACCAUCUUGCACCGAGUGCCUGUUCACUAGAUCUACUCAAUCAAUCGAAUCUUGGUGAUCGUGCCAAUCAGUUUUUGGAAUCGGUUGAACGUAUCGAUUGUAGAAAGUUUAUCACUGCCGAUGAUAUUGUCAAUGGAAAUGGUCGUCUCAAUAUAGCCUUUAUUGCUUAUGUAUUUAACAAGUUUAAUCAAGCCGCCGAUGAAGCACCUGUUGUCCCAAGUCAGCAGGUGGUGGUCAUUCGCAAGGCUGAAGAAAAGCUAGAAGAGAUUGAUCAAGAGAUACAUAGCAUUGACAAUGAAAUUAGAGCCUACCAACAACGAUCACAUCACAAACAAGAAGUGAUAGACGAAAUUAAAAGACAGAUAGAAGAGAUAAAGGUAGAGGACAAGGAGAUUGAACAACAAUUUGAAGAGCGUGUUGAAACAUACAAACAAGAACUCUUUGAACAACGUGAUCAAUACGAAUCAACCAUUGAGCGAUUGGAAAAAGAACUCUUACAACUUGAAGCAGUUGCACCUCCUUCAUCUGACGUACUCAAGGAACAAUUGGAACAAGAAACAAGAGAGGUUGAAAUGCUCAGACAAGAGAUUGAAAAAGAAACAACCGACCAAUUAUCUGUCAUGAGAGAUCAAUCUCUUCAAAGCGAACAAAAAUUACAACAAGUUCAACAAGAAGUGGAAAAGGCACAAACAGAGCUCAAUCAAGAGCUUGAUACAUUGAACAAGGAAAAGGAAAUAGUUCAACAAAAGAUUGAUGCUACUGGAUACACAGAGACCAAGAAGCAACUAGAUGAAGCACGUCAACAAAUCAAAAACAUAGAGACCAACAUCAAAGAACUCAAAGAAUCUGAAAAAAACCUCAAGGUUGAUUUAAAGGAUGCAAAAGAGGAUCGUCGUCGCAUUGCAGUGGCCAAGCAAAAGAUUCAAGCACAAUUAGAGACUGCCAAGACUAGCAACGAAAAGGUGAUCAAGAGUAGAAUAGAAACCGAUCGUAUCAUUGACAGUACAACUAGACAGGUACGAGAUCUUAGAGGUGAGGUUGAUCGUAUUAGAAAUGAUCGUGUCUAUGUUCAACAACAAACAGAGGUUUUAAAGGUGGAAAUUGUAGAGGCUGACGAACAGUUGCAGGAUAUCAAGAUUGAAAAGAAAAAGGUAGAGACGAGGAAACAAGAGUUACGAGAAGAAUUGUUUGAUAAAGAGGUCGAAUUGGAAGAGACUAUUAUUGAAAAGGAAGCUCGUAUCAGUGUAAAGAAAAAGGAACAUAAAGAGAUUCUAGAUAAAAUGCAACGUGUCUUUGAAAGCGAGAAAAAGGAAUUGGUAGAAGAACGUAAAAAGACACAAUUGGAAUUGGUUCAAGUGGAAACGGAGCAAUUGCGUGCCGAAUACCAAACAGAAAAUGUAAAGAGAGAGGUGGAACUAUUGGAAAUGAAACAUAGAUCCUUUCAAAGUGACAUUCGUCUACAAAUCGCUGAAAAGGAGUUGUACGAACAAGAAGCAGAGAAACUAGGUCGCGAAAACGAUAGAACAAACAAAUUUUUGCAACAAGAAAAGGCAGCCAACUCUGAACUCGAAGAAAGAAACCAAGUACUCCUCGAAAGGAAAUCAAAGACUCGAAAAGAACUACAAAAGCUAUCGUCUGAAAAUUACAACAAGAGAAAAGAGGCAAGAGAGAUUCAACAAAAGAACGAGUCAAUGGCCAAUGAUUUGGACAGCACCCUCGUCAUGGCUCAGAGAAUCGAAUCAGUCAUCAAGAAUGAGCAGACCGAGUUGACAAUUAAAGAGGCCGAGCUCAAAGACGAAAAGAGACGCCUCAAAAAAUUGGAAAAAGAGAAAAAGGAGCGCCAAGAAGAUGCGAUUAAAAAGAUUGACGAGAAACAUGCUCGUGAAUUGGCUAGACUCAAGGUUGGUGUCGAAGGAAAACAAAAGGAUCUCAUCAAAGUUGGUAAUCAAAUCGAGGACCUCCAAACAAAGGAAAAGAGAUUGGAGGAACGUUUGGCAAGAAAUGCAGCUGAAGUGGCUGCAAAGAGCGAGCGUUUGGAACUACUCAACAACGACAAUAAAAAGUCAGAGGAAAAGGUAAAACAACUCGAAAACGAUCUAACAAAGGCAAUGGAAAUGUUGGAUCGUUCCAAAAAGAUAAAAGAGGAUUUUAGCAAUGAAUUUGAAUCAACCUCUAGCAAACUAAAGAAACUCAAAGACUCAAAAUCAAACUCGCUCAAAUUGAAAUCAGCUACGGAAAGUGAGAAGAAAUCAUUGGAAGAACGUUUGGCAAAGGCAAAGAGCCUACUCAAUCUUACAAGCAAUGAAUUAAAAAAGCUAAGUUUGGACUCUGACAAGAUCAUCAAACAAGAAACUGAAAAAUUAAGAACAUCAUCUCCAAAGAAAUCAAGAUCAUCAAAAAGAGCUGGAGAUAAAGAAGAUGAAAAGGAUAAAGAUGAUGAAAAGAAAAAGAAAAAGAAAGAUAAAGAGGAAUUAAAGCAAGUCUUACCAGAAAAUCCAAAUAUCAAAGAACAACAACAAGAACAAGAACAAGAUGUAAUAAUAGUAAAAGAACAAGAAAUUAAUACAACAACGGAAAGUGGAGAUCAAGUAAUAGAAGAAAAAGAAGAACAAGAUGUGAAAAUAGAAGGACCAAAUCAAAUUAUUGAAUCAACAAAAGAGGAAGAAAAAGAAGAAGGAGUAGCCCAACAAGAAACUCAAGAAGAAGAAGAAGAGGUCAAAGUAGAGGAAGAAGUAGUCCAACAAGAAACUCAAGAAGAAGAAGAGGAGGUCAAAGAGGUUGCAAAGGACAACAAUAAUGAACCACCCAUUGAGGAGCUUGUUGUUGUUCAACAACCCAAAGAGGAGAUAUUCAUAAAUAACAUUACAGAGGAUAUUGAAUCAACACCAACACCAGUACAAGACCAACCAGUUGCCAUAACUCAUUCAAAAUCAUCUUCACAUUCAAAUCUUUCGCCACUUGAAAUGACAAGACUUAAAAGAGAGGAAAGAGAAAAAGAAAGAGAAACAAAGAGAUUGGAAUUGGAAAAAAUCAAAAGACAGCUUCAGUUGGAAGAAGAGGAUGAUGGCGCAGGUGCUACCUACUAA